UCAGCAUUAAAGAGGCCACAUCUAAUUUCUGGGCUUAUUCUGGCACAGAAUGGCCUUCUCUUGCGCCGGAUUUUGCUCAAACCUUUGCUCUUGAUUGACUGAGGAGGGCAAUUUUUCUGAGGCAGAGAAGAAACAGAGGAUGGCAGGAACAGGGCCAACACCUACAAGUGACCAUCAUCCCGAUGAACUCGUAACUUCAAUAACCAACAGAUUGAAGCAACUAUCUGCAGCAUCCGCAGACUGUAGCAUCUACACCGUUCCGGAUAAGCUCCGGCGUGGAAACGAAGAGGCCUACACACCCCGCGUCGUCGCAAUCGGACCUUAUCACCGUGACAAUAAAAGCCUCAAGCCGAUGGAAGAUCAGAAGUUGCGGUACUUGCAAAGCUUCCUCCAGUACAACGGGAGGUGUGGUCUCGAGGACUACAUCAAGAGGAUCAAGUCCCGGGAGGAUCAGGUUCGGAAGUGCUACAACAAGCCGAUCGUCCUCGACUCCGACGAGUUUGCGCAGAUGAUGCUCCUCGAUGGCAUCUUCGCGAUCCAGCUCUUCCUCAUGCAGUGGAACUAUAAGUGGAGGCCGUCCAGAGAUCCCAUCUUUGGCAAGCCGUGGAUGAUUAAUGACGUCCGCCGGGACAUGUGGCUGCUGGAGAACCAGAUACCGUUCUUUGCCGUCCAAGAGCUGUUCGAGAUGGCGUACGGAUCGCACCAAAAGCACACACCGGGGCUGCUCGAGCUCGCGUACGGGUUCUUGCGUCCAGCGAUAAAAAUUGAGAAGCCGCCGGAGGGGCUAUUGGAGUCAGAGGUGAAGCACUUCCUCGACGCGAUCAGGCUCUCGUACUUGCCAUCGGUCAGGAAGGCGCCAUAUGAGAGCCAUGAAGAGUUCAAGUUCAUCCCAAGUGCAACCGAGCUGGCGGCAGCUGGAGUCAAGCUGACAAGAGGUAAAAGCCAGUGCUUAUUAGACAUCAAAUUCAAGAAUGGAGCGCUCGAAAUCCCGUGCCUCCGUCUUUACCACUCAACGGAAUCCUAUUUUCGAAACAUUAUCGCCUUCGAGCAAUGUUACUACCGGGACGACAGUUAUCUGAUAGACUAUAUGGCCUUCAUGGAUCAUCUGAUCAAUACCCCUGGUGAUGCAAAGUUGCUGAUCGGCGAAGGAAUCAUAGAGAACUGGCUCGGCAAUGAAGAUGCUGCCACGCGCCUACUCAACGCCUUCUGCAAUGAUACCUACAUGUGGACGAGAAACGCCUACUUCCACGACCUCAGGCAUGAGCUUGUCGCGCAUUGCCGAAGGCCUUGGAACGAGUGGAAGGCGACGUUCAAGCGAAAACACUGCAGCAGCCCGUUGGCGGUCCUCUCCGUUACCGCUGGGGUGGUGUUGCUUUUACUGACUAUAGCACAGACCGUGUGCUCAUUCCUAUCUCUCAAAUAAUUCUUCUUUUUGAAUGGUAAACUGCCAUUAAAAUGCUCUAAGUUUUGCUUGAAUCAUGUGUGAUCAUCCGUCAUUAUCUAUC